UCCUCCACAAAACCAUUCGCGAUAGUAUCGUGUUGUCGCGAACAACAUUCGCCUCUGGUUACCACAAUCCAACCAGCUUCUCUUCAGUCAACCGAAACGCCAUAACCAGACCCACGUACAUACACGUUACUCUACACAUCUUCCUCGGUACCCCAUACCUUCCCAUAAAAACCAGCAUACACUUUUAACCUUCGUUGCUGGUGAACUUAAAAAGAAGCGUUGUACAUUACAUUAAAACGAUAAUAUUUCCAGUUAUAUUAUAUGCAACAUUGUUUCAAAAAUAGUAAGAGAUUAUUUAAGAUGAGUGAUUCUUGCAAUUUCUUCUUUCUGUGUGAAGGCGAUAUGUAAUGAUGGUUUUGUGUCUUUCGAUGGGUUUUCACGAUCUGUUGAGCUUUAAAUUAAUUGGAAUUGUUGAUAGAGUUUGUGAUUACGUUAGGUUUGAGUAUUUUGUGGGUUUGUUAGUUAGUAUGCAUACAGUGGAUAAUUCGUGAGUGAAUCGAUAGAUGCUUGUGGAUCUAUUUAUUAUAGUGAUUCAGCGGGAUGAGUUUCUACGAUACGGUUAGAAAUCUAAAUGAUUUAAUUAGCGAUCGUUAAUUAAACUCUUUGCAGUCUGAAACUUUUUAAGACCAAGGAUUUUAGUUGAAAUGAGAAAAGAUGACACGCAGUCUGGGAUAUCCAACGUUGCAGUCGAGUAUACUAAAAGAUUUAUGUCUGACUUGGAAGAACAUUUCAUAUACGGUUGAGAGGAAGGUCAAUGGCGGUAGUCUUCGAGCAAUUUUCGGUCUGCAGCACACUGAAUUCAUUCGACUGCUCAAUGGAGUCAGUGGUAUAGUUAAUUCAGGAAUGUUGAUGGCGAUUAUGGGGCCAAGCGGCGCUGGGAAAACUACGUUACUCGCGACGAUCAGCUGCCGUGUGAAAGGGGAAGCGACAGGUGACGUUCUGUUAAAUGGCAAGCCUAUCGAUACCGACCAGAUGAUAAGGAUAUCUGGAUUCGUUCCACAAAUGGACCUGGCCAUCGAAUCGCUGACAAUCCUAGAGCACAUGGAAUUCAUGGCGUGCAUGAAAAUGGACAGGAGGCUGAGGGCCAACAUCAGAAGGCAACGCAUAAUGGUGCUGCUUGGCGAACUUGGACUAGGAAAAUGUAUCACCACGAAAUUAUCUGCCCUUUCUGGAGGAGAAAGGAAACGCGUCACCCUGGCUGUUCAAUUGCUCACCGAACCGAGUAUUCUCUUCUGCGACGAGCCAACUACAGGGUUGGAUAGUUAUGGAGCGAUGACUGUGGUGAAAACGUUGAGGGACGUCGCGGCCAGCGGAAGGAUAGUCAUAUGCACGUUACAUCAACCUGCUUCUGGUUUGUUGGACAUCUUCCAUGAAGUUCUGCUACUUUCCAGCGGCAGGGUCGCUUUUCAAGGUUCUUCUACCGACGCCAUGAAAUUCUUCGAUAGCUUGGACCUCCGUUGUCCUCCAACUUUCAACAGCGCCGAGUUCUUCGUGUCUCAACUAUCCAUCGUCCGUGGCAAGGAAGCUGAAAGUUAUAGAAAGGUAAAUUGGAUCUGCGAUCAGUACGAGAAAUCGAAACACAGCCAGAAGGUGUCGAAACUGAUCGACUACUCCUGCUUCAUGGAUUCCGGUGAGCUACCAGCAAUAUUCUCACAGAUCUCCUUGUCUCCGAAAGAUUUCAAAAAAGCACGUACACUGACGCAGCUUCGCUGGCUCACGUGGCGAGCUUACGUCGAUUACAAGAGGAACUCAGCCUCUCUUCUCUUGCGAUUCACAACGUACAUGUUUAUAGGAUUGCUGAUAGCGUUGCCCUAUAUGAACAUCACGGGACAAGCGUUGAAUCAGAGUGGCAUACAGAAUAUGCAAGGUCUCCUCUACUUGGUGGUCGUCGAAACUGUAUUCACGUUCAAUUAUGCUGUUUUCUACACAUUCCCGCGAGAAUUGCCGCUUCUACUGCGUGACAUCGCCAGUGGAUUAUACGACCCGACGCCGUAUUACAUGAGCAAGGUUAUCGUCCUGAUACCCGGGGCGAUAAUACAGCCAUUGCUGUACGCGGCUUUCAUAUUCGCAAUCACGGGGCUGAAGGGUGGACUUUUAGGAUUCGUUUACUUUGCGCUGCCUGUAGUUGUCUGCGCCGUUUCAGCCUCCGCUCUUGGUUUAUUUCUAUCGGCGUCGUUCCAAUCGGUAAACACAGCCUCCCUAUUUUCUGUGCCGUUGGACUUCCUUGGCCUGAUGUUCUGCGGAAUUUAUUUGCAUCUCGGUUAUCUGGCGCCUGGUAUUGCGUGGCUCAAAUAUCUAUCCCAGUUCUAUUAUGGCCUAGAGGCGGUUUCCUUGACGCAGUGGCCUCUAAUCGAUCACAUAAGCUGUUCGCCGGAUCCGGAAGAGCCGUGUGUCUCCAGCGGACUAGAAGUUUUGGAGAAGUACGGCUACUUACCAAACCAUUACACCAUGGAUAUAAUCGGCCUCUUGGUUAUUUUUGGGAUUUGCCAUUUCGCUGGUUUUCUGGUGAUCAGACACAGGAGUCGCAAAGAACCUGUCUAUUAAAUUAAUUUCCAGUUGUUAAUUAAGUUAAUCCCCAAUUUCGUUCGCUUUCCUAAUCCAUUUUACAACUUUUCUUUCUAAAAAAAAAGAUUUUAAAAAAAUCAAUGCACAAAUGUUUCGUUACUACCGUUAUUUUUCAAUUUGUUAACUCAAAUACUUUGUUAUCUCGGAUUGAUCACUUCUGAUCUCAUGAAAUUAAGAAUUCAUAGAUUCUCGAUAUUAACGUUAAUAUCAA